CGCAGAACGCAGAUGCAGAUUGAUUGAUGUGCUUGUGAUAAGGUUGUGUGAUAAAAAAAUAAUUUCAAUUCAUUUUCAAAUUUCAAUUUUCUAAUUAUUUUAUUUUACAAGAAUUUGAUUGAAUUUAAUUUAAAGACCAAAAUGUACUGUGUAAUGAGAAGUUUAUGUAACAAAAAUGUCAUCCAGACCCAGAGAGUCACCCAACGACUUUUAACAACACGUCCAGUAGCCUCUAAUGUUAUUGCAAAUGAAACAUUUGAAGAGAAAAAUGCCAGACUCAAGCGACCGCUAUCGCCGCAUUUAUCUAUUUAUAAACCGCAAAUAACUUCGAUGUUGUCUAUCAGUCAUCGAAUUUCGGGAGUGAUACUUUUCGGAUACGCUUUUGCGAUCGGCGGAUGUGAAGUAUUUGAAGUCACUGAUAGUGUUAUAUUGUUCCUGCAAUCAUUGAAUUUAUCCUCAGCUACGUGGAUUGGCGUUAAAACACUUGUAUCGAUGCCUUUAACGUUUCAUAUUGGCAAUGGAAUCAGACAUUUGGUAUGGGAUGCUGGUGUGGCGCUGACAAAUAAAGGCGUGAACAUCACCGGUUAUGGUGUUCUAGCUCUUACUAUUUUGCUCGGUUUAGGUUUGGCUAAUCUGUAAUGAUUUGUUAAUGGUGUACAUAUGCAAAAUGUAGUUAAAAUAUAUUUCAAAUUUAAGCGUA